AUGUUUGGUAUUAGUACCCCGACCAAAAAUAAGCCAUCACCGUCUUCAAGCGUGACUGAUAGAGCGACCGAGGCAGAGUUGCCCUCUUUACAAGCGCCUGCCCCGACUCCGGCUACAGGAGCGCAGAAAAGCGCGGGGGAGAUGGAAGCCACCACGUUGCAAGGACAAGAAGAAGGUAACUUAAGUAAAAGUUUACAGAUUACGUAUUUCGGAAGCAGCGGCUUUACAGCAGAGUGCGUUCGUACAGUUGAAUGCUACGAGGAAUCUCAAGGUAGAAAUUAA